UCUCUCUCUCUCUCUUUUUGUUUUUUGUUGUUGUUGUUGUUGUUGAGUAAAUCUGGAUCUAGAGAGUGGCAUGUUGAUUUGGAUGGGAAGUGAGACAGUGGGGCGAGAGUAAGAGGAGGAUGGCGUACACGCAGUUGGAACCCAUCAAUGAGGGUCUUCUGUCCAGACUGUCUGACUUCCUGUUGUGUCGCUGGUCAUGCCGCUCCUGUUGGCAGUGGUGCUGGGAGUGCAGCUGCUGUCAGCCCUCUGAUGAGGAGGUGGAGAUUCUGGGGCCUUUUCCAGCUCAGACUCCAUCAUGGCUUGUCAAUGAAUGCAAUGACGAGAGAAGCACAAAUUCUCACAUCAUGGCCGAGAACCAUGCUUUACCUGUUCAAACUGACACCACUGUAAAGUGCAAGCUGCCCAUCUCAGAAACUUCCCGAUCCAGCUUCACCCUAGCAGGUCUGAAUUCACAACGGCCAAGCUCCCCCAUGGUGGAUGUAAAGCCGAUUGAAUUCUGGGCCAUGGUACCCCGGAAGGAAGUGGUGCAGCCUCUGCGUAAGCCCUCAACUCCACCAGAUGACUACUUACGCAAACUGGAGCCUCGUCUGUAUUCUCUCGACUCAUGCAGCGAUGAUGUUGACUCUCUGACGGAUGAAGAGAUCCUGGUGCGGUACCAACUGGGCAUGCUGCACUUCAGCACACAGUAUGAUCUCAUCAACGCCCACCUCAUCGUGCGAGUCAUUGAGGCCCGGGAUCUGCCCCCUCCCGUAACAUGCGAUGGUGCUCGCCAAGACAUGGCCCACUCGAACCCCUACGUGAAGAUGAGCCUACUGCCCGACCACAAGAACUCCAGGCAGACUGGCGUUAAACGCAAGACACAGAACCCAGUUUUUGAAGAGCGCUUCACUUUUGAGGUCCCCUUCCUGGAGGCCCAGAGACGCACCCUGCUCCUCUCUCUAGUCGACUUCGACAAGUUUUCCCGGCACUGUGUCAUCGGGAAAGUGUCUCUUCCUCUUAGUGAGGUUGAUCUGGUGAAGGGAGGACAUUGGUGGAAGGCCCUGGUGCCCAGCUCUCAGAAUGAGGUUGAGCUUGGUGAGCUUCUUCUGUCCUUAAACUACCUGCCCAGUGCUGGCAGGUUAAAUGUGGACAUCAUCCGGGCAAAGCAGUUGCUUCAGACAGACAUGUGCCAAGGUUCAGAUCCUUUCGUUAAGGUGCAGUUGGUGUCAAGUCUUAAGUUGAUGAAGACUAAGAAAACAUCCUGUAUGAGGGGCACCAUUGACCCCUGCUACAACGAGUCAUUUAGCUUCCGUGUACCUCAAGAGGAACUGUGUGAAGUCAGUCUUGUGUUCACAGUUUACGGGCAUAACAUGAAGAGUAGCAACGAUUUUGUUGGUCGCAUUGUGAUUGGCCAGUUCUCCAGCGGCCCGCAGGAAUCCAGGCACUGGCGCAGACUCCUGGGCUCCCAGCGCACUCCAGUGGAACAGUGGCACAGCCUGCGCACCCGUGCCGAGUGUGACCGCGUCUCUCCGGCUUCGCUCGAGGUCACAUAAUACUUACACAGGACAGUCACUGCAGGUGGGAUAGAGAUCUAUGGAAAAGACAAACACAAAAAUCUGGGAGUGUCCCGACAUUUCUGUGUGUGAUUUUUAAUUAUUUGAAACAUAAACUCAUAGAUCUAUUCUCGACUGAAUAGUGGGCACUGUCUUGGUGUUAUUUGUGUUUACUCUCCCUUAUCAUUAUUAUAGUGGGGAGAUGUAGACCAUAGAAAAAAAUGUUUAUGAUGACUAGCAGAAACCUGCUGUCCAUGUUUUCUUUUUAUCACAUUGAUACUAUCUUACAUGGGAGCUCAAUAAUCUCAUCAUCUGAUUCUCAGCUGCGUUCAGGCUGCUCAAGUGUUGAGAGGAAGAGCAGCUGUGUGGCUCAGACAGUUGAGACCACACAUAACCACUGGUUUGGUCUGCAGUGUUUAAAUAAUCAUAUUGUUUCUUUUUUCAGACUUCAAUAUGAUUGCAGUUCUUUGGAAGUCUGUGGCAACACAGUUGGUCAUUUUUAU